AUGUAUAGAUUCAUAGCUAAAUUCCACUUUUGUGAUAUUAGAAACAAACUAUUUAACUUGAGUCUCAUACACGCCAUCAAUCACGGAUUCAACAAUAAGGCAUUAUAAUAAGCAUGUCUAGAUCUUAAUAUCUCAAGUGCUGCAUCCACAGUCAUCCAACCAAUAGAUUUAAUACAUUAUUCAAUGAGAAAAUGGAAUCGUGAAAUUAUCGACACCAUGACAUUUGAUGAAAAUUUUAAGCAAUUUACUAUUAGCAACAAAAUCAAGAACUUAAUAAAAUAAAGAUUACAAUUGCAAGGUCCUUAUAUGGGCAGAUGGAAUGAAGCUAUGGCUUUGGGAGCUUAGAAUGCAAAUUAAACAAGUGCCAUUCUAUGGUAAUUUGCUGAUGAUUGUUGGUAUUUGGCUGGUGAUAAAUCAUAAGAUUACAAUCACUAUACUAAGAGAAUGAUGUUUUUAUAUAUCUACAUUUCUACAGAACUCUUUAUGUUAACUGAUAAAUCACCAAACUUUUUUAUGACUUGGGAUUUCUUGGAGAGACGAAUGUUAGAAAUUAAGGAUUUUGGUAGUUAAAUUGAGUUGAUAUCCACGACUAUGAAAACACUAUGGAAUUCCGGGUAUUAUAUGACAACAAUGUUUUAUAAUUUUCCAAAGGGUACUUUGAAAUGAAAAACAUGUGGAUCUGUAUCAAUAUAAAUUUAUUAAUAUAAUCUCUCUACAA